CUCUGACGCGCUCCUUGCUCCAAAAGUCUUUUCAUCUUGUCAAGCAAAAAGAGAAAAUUUGCAGGUUCGUGGAAAUUUCAUUAAAUUGCAAUUUUUUGUUGUUUUCUGGCGUCAAAAACGACGAAAUUUUAUCCUGCGCCUAGAUUCCGUCGAAAGUGUUUUAGCAACAAAAUCAACAACGAUGGCACCCGACAAGAAGCAGAAAGGCCGCAACAAGAAGAUUACGCUGGUGCAGAGCGCCAAGAAGGAUGAAAAGCCAGCGAAUGGCACUGCCAAUGGGUCGUCUGUUGAAAUGACCGAAGAAGAGGCACUUUGUGCUAAACUCGAUGAGGAGGCAAGAAUCAACGCAGAGGCGAGAUCCUGCACCGGUUCCUUGGCCGUGCAUCCGCGGUCACGUGACAUAAAGAUUGCCAACUUUUCGAUCACUUUCUUCGGUUGUGAAAUGUUGCAAGACACGAUGCUUGAGUUGAACUGUGGCCGUCGCUACGGUCUUCUCGGAUCCAACGGAUGCGGCAAAUCUUCUCUUUUGGCAGUGCUUGGUAACCGCGAAGUCCCCAUUCCGGAUCACAUCGAUAUUUUCCACUUGACCCGUGAAAUUCCGGCCAGCUCCAAGAGCGCCCUCCAGUGCGUCAUGGAAGUCGACGAGGAACGCAUCAAGCUGGAAAAAAUGGCCGACGAACUGGUCGAGCAGGAUGACGAUGAGUCCCAGGAACGGCUGAUGGAUAUCUAUGACCGCUUGGACGAAAUGUCCGCCGAUCAGGCAGAAGCAAAGGCUUCCCGCAUUCUCCACGGUCUUGGCUUUGACAAAGAGAUGCAACAGAAAGCGGCCAAAGACUUUUCCGGAGGAUGGCGCAUGAGAAUUGCCCUGGCCAGGGCUCUUUUCGUGAAGCCCCAUCUGCUCCUGCUGGACGAACCGACCAAUCAUUUGGAUUUGGAUGCUUGCGUCUGGUUGGAGGAGGAACUCAAGACCUACAAACGAAUUCUGGUGAUUAUUUCCCACUCGCAAGAUUUCCUUAACGGAGUCUGUACCAACAUUGUUCACAUGACCCAGAAACGACUCAAAUACUACACGGGUAACUACGAGCAGUUCGUCAAGACUCGUCUGGAAUUGUUGGAAAACCAAAUGAAGCAGUACAACUGGGAACAGGACCAGAUCGCCCAUAUGAAGAACUACAUCGCUCGGUUUGGUCACGGUUCGGCCAAAUUGGCCCGUCAGGCACAGUCCAAGGAAAAGACCCUAGCGAAAAUGAUGGCUCAAGGUUUGACGGAAAAGGCGACCGACGAAAAGCAGCUCAACUUCUGCUUCCCGUCCUGUGGAACCAUUCCUCCGCCGGUUAUUAUGGUGCAAAACGUCAGCUUCCGAUAUAACGAGAAAACGCCUUACAUCUACAAAAACCUUGAAUUUGGUAUCGACUUGGACACCAGGUUAGCCCUUGUUGGCCCCAAUGGAGCGGGCAAGAGUACCCUGUUGAAACUCCUGUACGGAGACCUAGUGCCUACAGCGGGAAUGAUUCGCAAGAAUUCUCAUCUACGCAUUGCCCGAUAUCAUCAACACCUGCACGAGCUGCUUGACAUGGACAUGAGUCCCCUGGACUACAUGUUGAAAUCCUUCCCAGAAGUGGUCGAAAGGGAAGAAAUGCGGAAAAUUAUCGGUCGCUACGGGUUGACCGGACGGCAACAGGUUUGCCCCAUCCGGCAGCUAUCCGACGGCCAACGGUGCCGAGUAGUGUUUGCCUAUCUGGCCUGGAAGAAACCGCACCUGCUGCUACUGGAUGAACCUACCAAUCACUUGGAUAUGGAAACGAUCGACGCGCUGGCUGAGGCCAUCAACGAUUUCGAAGGUGGCCUGGUGCUAGUUAGUCAUGAUUUCCGACUUAUCAACCAGGUUGCUAACGAAAUUUGGAUUUGCGAACAUGGAACCGUCACCAAAUGGAAGGGUAACAUUUUGGACUACAAGGAACAUCUGAAGAAAAACAUAGCUAAAGAGGCAGCUAAGUAAGAAGGCACACUGCGAGGGCGUCAAGUGAUCAAAACCAAUAUUAGUAACCGAAUAAUAAAUAAUACAAUUAAACUGCAUAACAAUAUUCUAACUUAUAAAGCUAUAGACAAACAAAUCUGCGUCUGCAAAGCACUCACUAAAAGUAUUUAGCCAAAAACCCUGAAAAAUAGUGAUAAUCAAACAAUUAAAUUGAUCCACCCAAAUUCCAACUCGAACAAUGCCUAUUACUUACUAAAAACACCUCCUCUUCUUAGCUCAAAUGAUUAGCGUAGGUAAAACGUAAAGACGUGCUCUAGGAUCUGUAAAAAAGAACUUGUUGAAGGUAUCUUAUCAGUAUAUAAUUGAAUCAAUAUCUUAGAAAAAAUACUUGGACAACAUUUAACAUAGAACUCUGUCUUAUUUAUUUGACUCAAAACACGUAGACUGAUAUUGGCUGACAAAAAGUAUCGGUAAACGUAUUCGCGUAAUUCCCAUUGGUAAGAAGAAGAUGAAGCAGUAGCCAGUAGGUAGACGAGAGAGAACGAGAAACGGCACGGUCAGUGUGGCACCGUAUUUUACGACGAGCAAAUUUUUUCCUGCAUAGACAAACAAUUAAUCGUGUUGUUUUGUUUUGCGCAUUUUUGUUUUAUUCCAAAUCUAGAACGGGAAACUAUCAAUAAAUUGAAGUAUGCAUGCAUAGCCUCACAACAUCUAGGCAAAA